AUGGAUGGGACUGAUGACGACAUUUUUGAACAAAUUAUGGCCUUGAAGGAGAAUGCACCGGGACUGAAGAUCUUCCUUUCCCUGGGCGGCUGGACUUUUUCAGAUAACGGAACGGAUACACAACCCGUGUGGGGAGAUAUAGCCUCUACUUCAGCGAAUCGACAGAAGUUCAUCAUGAACCUGGUCAACUUUAUGACUCAGUUCGGAUUCGAUGGUGUUGACCUUGAUUGGGAAUACCCUGGAGCCCCGGAUCGGGGUGGACAGGAUAGAGACACUGCUAAUUAUGUAUCCCUGCUUCAAGAUAUUAGAACAUGGUGGACUGCGCAAAGUAACGGUUGGGGUCUCUCCUUCACUGCGCCAACGUCAUAUUGGUAUCUACGCUGGUUCGAUAUUGAGAAUAUGGUCAAAAGUGCGGAUUGGGUUAAUCUCAUGACUUACGACCUACACGGAAGUUGGGACUCUCCCGAGGACCAGAUUGGCUCGUAUGUAUAUUCACAUACGAACCUCACUGAGAUCGAAGAAGCAUUGAACUUGCUAUGGCGUAAUAGCGUUCCAGCAAACAAAGUCAACCUGGGCCUGGGGUUCUACGGGCGUUCUUACACUCUCAAAGAUCCGACGUGUACGCUCCCAGGCUGCCCCUUCACAAGUGGCGGUUUAGCUGGCGCCUGUACAGGGCAAUCUGGAAUUCUUUCAUACGAUGAGAUAACCCAAACGGCGAGCACGUACAACAUCAAUCCUGUAGAGGAUGAUAAAGCCGCAUCCAUGUAUUUUGCCUUCGGAAAGGAUCAGUGGGUCUCCUACGAUAGCGUGAAAACAAUCAAGGAGAAGGUCGACUACGCUAAUAAGAAGGGUUUACUUGGACUAUUCAUCUGGGCAUUGGACCUUGAUAACGACAAUUAUGAUGCUCUGGCAGCCGUCUUAGACAGCCGGGGCGGCCUCGGGACUUUCAGCGCCCAGAACGGUGUUGGGCCUUCUUCUUCAACCGACUGGCAGCCCAUGGACGGUGCGUGUCAUCUCAGCGAAUGUGGCGGAAAUUCUGCUUGCACGGGAGAUUACAUCAGCGUAGGCCCUCAACUCAGAUGUGACAACGAGAACGAACAUCGAUGGGUAUGCUGUCCGCGGAGUAACGCCCCAGACGCGAACACCUGCGAAUGGAAGGCCUCUUUCCAAUCUUGGGAAGGUGUCACAUCGGCACCUUGUGUGGACAGCUGCGAGAGCGACGAGGUGCUGAUUGCCCAAAGCCAAUGGUACAUCGAGGAGAAUCAGGGCGACAGGAAAUGUUCUAGUGGGACUGCGCAGUAUUGUUGCAAAACCAACGAGAACGCGAACCAGGCCUGCGGUAGGAUUGCUGGAUUUUGUGUUGGUAAUGGCGACCCAAACAAUUUCCCCAAGAUAGAUCCGAACGCAGACCCAUGCGAAAGGUUUGGUCGCAAGUAUGUAACCUUCUCGCAAGACACCUGCAAUCCUGGCUAUUGGCGGCUUUGGUGCUGUGACAAGGAGUACGAUUCAUCCCAGUGCAAAUGGCAAGGUCCACAAUCCGACAAUGAUGCCUCCACGCAGUGCGAGAAUGCCAAGAAUUGCCCCAAUAUGAUCAAUAUAGGCGUUUCGGAGAAGGGAGGAGGGACUGACUGCAUACACACGUACGAUACACCGGGGGGAUCAUAUCAACGUGCCUUAUGCUGCCCGGCUGGAGAUCAAGUUAUUUAUAAGAAACAGGCACCAGUGCCCCUAUCCUGGCUUUUUGUUGAUACUGUGCCUGAUUCCGAUACGCAAGAUUUCGUACUUGACGUUGAGUCAGACGUGAAUGCGGAUCAGGAUCCAAAUGAGAACGGAUUCGGUUGGGUUAUAAUGACGGGUCCUCAAAAGGACUUGACGUCGCUAGAUAAGCGUGACGGCUCCCACUGGGAGUUGUACGAUUGUCCUGACCGUUCCUCUAUAACGGAGGACUCUAGAACUACCGUUCGGGCCGUCUGUACUGACGACUCCGAUGACAGCAAUUGCCAUACCUUAUUUUUAGGGGGUGUAUCCGAAACAGUUGUCGAGAUGCCGCAUCACUGUGGUAUCGGCCGCUAUGCGAUGGCCGUCAGCAUGGAACCAGCAGCCGACCAAAAGCUGUCUAGUAACCUUAUUAGACGCCUUGUCAAGCGUGGAAGCAACCUCAAAAGUCCACCGACGAUAUACGAAUUCACUUUUGAUUACAAUUUCUCAGUCCUUCACGGGCGAGAUAGCUCAGACGUUCAGAUACGCAUUGAUUACUCAGAAGAUCCGGGGUACUGGAAAGCGUUCGUGGAUAACGCACCAGGUAACAACCCCUUGAAAGCAAAACAUAAGCGUGAUAUCGAUUUGGAAGUUAAACGUAAGCAUGGUGGCUCGUGGAAGCGAUAUGUCGACCACACAUAUCGAAAGGACAAGAGAGAAACACCCCACCACCUCUUGCCCGAAUUCCAGAGAAGGUGGACGGAUGUGAACGAUGAUGACUGGAGUAAGUUUAUGGCGGACUUGAACGAGCAGAAAUUUGACCAGGAGGUUCCUCUCGGAACUCAUCACAUCACUAAUCAAGUCCCGUUCUACUUAUUCAACGAGAACCUACAAUGCACACUCCUCGGCCUUCCAUAUACCGCGUAUUUCACCGUUUGGGCAGACCUUCACGUUGAUAUCCAGACCUCGGCUCAACUAACACUCAUUGGCCGCUUGAAUGACCUCAGUUCCUGGAAACAGUCCCACGUACUUGUACGGAAUAAAGGAUCUAUACAGACCGGCCUCCACAUGGAGGCUCAGGGCCAGAUGCGAUUUUCUACUGGGAGAGUUGAGCUGUUCGGGUUGCCGAACUUCGCGGGAAAUUUCCAAGUGCCCGGUCUCGUAACCAUUGGGCCUAAUUUUAGGAUCACAGGUGUAAGUUUUGAGGUCCCUUCUUCGCUACCUAUACGAUAUCCUAAUCCUAACAACGAUGUUGUGUCAGGCUUAACUUCAACGUCAAAGCUUGGAGAUACGCAAACUGCCCAGGUUGAAAAUGGCACAAAGGGGUUUAGCGCGGAUAUCGGAGUCGAAGGUGACUUGACAUUGAGGAUUACUCCGCUUGUUGAUUUUGGAAUCCGGUGGGAUCCUAAGUAUAAGAUCCAAGACACGGCUAUUUCACUCCAACUUGCAACAUACGCUACGCUCUACGGCAGUGCAGGCAUUGGCACAAGCAACCCCCAGGGCUCUGUAUGUUAUGGCGCAGUUUGCGGUGCCGAUCUCUUCGCUCAACUUGAAGGGCCAACCAUUUUCGGUGUCGACCCCAACCGCCGGUGGUCCUUUUAUAAGCAUGAUUUUAAUAUAAUUGACGAAACGUGUCAACCGUUGACGAAUUUCUUGCCAGACAGCCCUAAGAGUGAUUCGUAA